ACAGUCAGAUAGUAGCCGUCGUUACUGUUGUCGUCGACGUAUAAAUAUUAUAUAUAUACAGAAAUCCGAAAAAUUGUAAUAAAUUUUGUUUCAACAUAGUUUCAUUAUGGUUCAAGUAUCGCAAACAGAGGAAGACAUUAAAAUCUCAAUUGAGCUAAACCGUCUUGUGACUAGAAAACCAGAUGUUGUCCUUUUGCCACAAUAUUUAAAGUUCAACAAUCCGCCAAUAUUCUUUGAAAGACAUUUGGCAGGUGAAAUUGAUGAGAUGGCCAGUUUCUGUCGCAUCUUUAAGCGUGAGGCUCGCAUUGUUCUUGUCAAGAAACAGAAGGGAAUUUGGCCGGAAAUAUUUCAAACACUUAGUAAGGAAUUGUUAUUACAAAAACGUUUGGAAAUAGCCGAUUUAAUUGUGGAGCGCAACAAACAGCGGGAUGAACAGGCUCUGGAACGCUAUGCGAUCAAACGUCGCAAUGAAAUCCAAAAGGAAGUGAAUCGUGAGGCGGCCAUAAAGGAGCGUGUAAAGCAAUUUCAGGAGAAUGCCUGUCAGGAGGCUCUCAUGGUCGGUACACGCAAGGAGACUCAUGCCAAAUCGAAGCCAGAAUCACGUAGUAGCCCCCAACCCAGUGCUCCUGCCCCUGCCCGGCUGGCCACACCGAAUGUCCGUCCCAUAAUGCCAAUGGCCUCUGUUCGUGGCAGUGGUCGCAUCUCCGUUUGCUUCUCCAACCAACAUAAGCGGGAGACACCAAAACGCGAGUCCCAAGAGGCAAUGCAUUUACCCUUCACCGUGGAAGGAGGUAAAGUGAUUCCAACGGCAGCCCCGAAAUCGGCCAUGGACUCUGUUGAUGAAUAAUUAAUUGUGAAUAAUCAUCCAUUCAUCGUUUGCGUGUUUAUUUCCAUAAAAUUAGUAAAUAUAUAUCAUUAAUUAUAUGUUCGAUUCGUAGCGAUUCAUAGCAAAGCUGAGAAUUUAACCAACAAACAUGAAAAAUAAAAUAAAAAGAAAAAACUUUUUUAAAA